CCAGUUCUCAGUUCUCUCGAGUUGUUAGUUCAGUUCUGUUUAGUUGAGUGUUGGUGUGUGCAAGCUCUCUUUAAAAUGUUCGUGUAUUAAUAAUUUUAUCGCCACAAUUAUUUUCUCAAUUGAAAUGAGUUUUUCUACACUGUAAGGAUUAAUAAAUACAAUGCAGGAGUUAAAUUUUACUGCAACGAGCUCGAUGCCCGACGAUGGCGUCCCGGACAUGACAAGGCUGACAAUCCUCGAUGAAGAAGUGAUAAACAAGAAUCUGAAAGUGCGAUACGAAAAAGACCGCAUUUACACAUACACUGGCUCAAUCCUCGUCGCAGUCAACCCUUACAAGGACAUUGACAUCUACUCUCAACAAUACGUGAGUAAAUACCAGGGGAAAAAAUUAGGGGCACACGAGCCACAUGUUUUCGCAUUGGCGGAAGCAGCUUACGCCUCUCUUCAAGCAGAUCCGAGUGGAAAAGGUCACACGAACCAAAGCUUGGUUAUAAGUGGAGAAAGCGGUGCUGGAAAAACGGAAAACACUCGCUUUAUCCUUCAGUAUUUAUGUUCAGUCACCAGUGGAGUUUCGACAUGGGUUGAGCAACAGAUUCUCGAAGCUAACACUAUAUUGGAAGCUUUCGGCAACGCGAAAACAGUCCGGAAUGAUAACUCGAGUCGUUUCGGGAAAUUCAUGCAAGUCUGUUUUGAUUCAAGAUGGAUGAUUGCGGGUUGUAUCAUCCAAGAUUAUCUCCUAGAACAAUCGAGGCUGACUUUUCAGGGACCUGGCGAACGCAAUUAUCACGUUUUUUACCAAUUAGUCGAAGGAGCGAAACACAAUAAGGAGCUAGCAACACAAUUACACUUAAAAGACGCCAGUUUUUACAAUUAUUUGAAUCAGUCGAGUUGUGCAAAACUUGAAGGUGACGAUAGAAGGCUGGAUUCGUUAAGACUGGCUUUUAACGUACUUCAAGUACCCACAAAUAUGUGCAAUGGAAUUUUUCAAACACUUUCAGCUAUUCUCUGGUUGGGAAAUCUAAGUUUCGAGGAUAUCGACGGUGAACGAUGUCAACUAGCCGAAAAAGAUACUGAAAUUUUAGAAAUAAUUUCAUCUCUCUUAGAAUUAGAGUUAGAGUCUUUGAAACAAGUAGUCCUUUUAAGACAAAUCAACGUUAGAGGAAAUAUCACCGAAAUUCCACUCAAAUUACAGGAAGCAAGAGAGAAUCGACAUGCGAUGGCGAAAGCGCUGUAUUCCCGGACUUUUGCUUGGCUUAUAAAUCAUAUAAAUAACUGUACGAAUCCGGGACAGGACUCUACGAGGUUUUUGGGUGUUUUGGAUAUUUUUGGAUUUGAGAAUUUCGCAGUCAAUUCUUUUGAACAACUCUGUAUUAAUUAUACGAAUGAGAAGUUGCACAAGUUUUUCAAUCACUACGUAUUCGCGCUGGAGCAGGAGAUUUACGAACAAGAAGCAAUCCAAUUUAACCACAUCUUCUUCACCGACAACUCCUUAUGUUUGGAGUUAUUGGAAAAGCCUCCUUGUUGUGUUUUGAGAUUGUUAUCCGAGCAAUGCCACUUGCCUCGAGGCUGUGAUGCUUCGUACAUUUCGAAUUUGCAUGCCGAAUUUGAAAAUCACGAAAGAUACGUCAAGGGUGAAGACCGGAGACGUUGGGAGACCGAAUUUGGGAUAAAGCACUACGCCGGUUGUGUCACUUAUUGCGUUAAGGGUUUCGUGGAUAAGAACCGCGAUGUGCAACAAGACGUUUUCUUUGAUAUCAUUUCACGGAGUAAAAACGAAUUCGUUCAAGAUUUAUCCAAGUAUCAAGAUUUAACUAAUCUCAUGGCUUCGCGCCAGAUUGCAAACGGCGGAACAACUGUUUCAAGAGGAACUAGUAAAGGCAAACCAACUGUUUCUGAUACUUUUCGCCACCAAUUGCAAGCUCUUGUUGAUGUUUUGCAAUCGACGACGCCGUGGUAUGUCAGGUGUAUCAAACCAAACAGCGAAAAACUCCCAAAUGAUUAUGACAGUAAUCUAGUCUUAGACCAAUUGAAGUAUUUAGGAAUGUUAGAUAUAAUUCGUAUACGAAAAGAAGGCUUCCCGAUUCACAUGAACUUUGAAGAUUUCGUCAAUAGGUAUCACUGUCUUUCCAAAAAUCGUCUUCCUCCUGACAUGAUGAAAGCCUGUCGGGAAUUACUCGAGAGUUAUAAUUUACCAAAGACUGAAUGGCAAUUAGGCAAAACCAAAGUUUUCAUGCGGUCUCACAUACACGAACCCUUGGAGGAAGCCAGGAACAAAAUUAUUUUAUCACGAGCUGUCAUUAUACAGAAAAUUUAUCGUAAAUACAUUGCCCGAAAGGAGUUUUUAAAAAUACGAAAUGCCGUUUUGCGAAUCCAACACGCUUAUAUAGGUUGGAAAUUGCGAAUCGAAUUUUUGAGAAAGAGACGAGCUGCUAUAAUAAUUCAGAGUCAUUUAAGGGGAGUUUUUGCCCGUGAAGUAGCAGCUGCCUUACGCGAAAUGAGACGAGUGGAAGAAGAAAUGAGAAGAAGGGAGAAACUGGAAGAGGAACGUAAAGCCCGUGAAGCAGAAGAGGCGCAAAAGCGACUCCAGGAGGAAGAGUUGAGUAAAAAGAGCGAAGAUUUGGAAAGAAGCGAAAAGGCUGCUGAACAGGAAAUAGCCGCAUUAUCACAUAUGGCCGAACAAUUGAAACCUCGACUUACCGAACCGGUGACUGAAUCUGUCGAUCUUGAUAACCUCUUUGCGUUUUUAUCAGAUGUACAACCCCAAAAUCGCAACCAAAUUAUCGACGAAAUUGGCGAAAAAAUGGAUGAGUUAGUUGAGGAUUUAGAUGUGGAAUUGGAGACUGUGAUUCAACAAGAAUUAGAAGGGUUGGCUUUGGAGCAACAACAGCCGACUCCCCCAAAACUUGCUAUGCCUACUUUACCUGAACCAACAGGCCCUCCUCCACCUCCACCUCCCGCGUUCCAGAACCCGCCAGAAUCCCCCCAACAAGAGGUUAAAGAAACCAACAAUGAACCUAUCUAUGAGGCAGUUCUCCCACGGGAGGACACCACAUGUGUGUCACCUCCUCCAUUACCUGCUCCUCCACGCUUGCCUCCAGAUUCGCCUAAAGCUAGUCCGCCGGUGUCAAGACCAAACAGUGCAAUUCCCCCAGUAUGGCGCUACAACAACCAUGAACAGGAAGUGAAUAACGCAGAAAGGGAGCAAAGAAGAAAAUGUCGGGUUGAGAAGAAGUUGCAAGAGUUGACUGAAACUAGUGAAAAAGAAAGUUCAGCAGAAGAAACGUAUCAUGACAUGAUCGAAUUUGCUGAAAGUUAUUUCAAUGCUCAUGAGAGAAGUCCCGAGGGAACCAUUAUAGCGACUUUGACGAGGAAGAGACAGAGUUCUGAAUUGAUUCCAAAGUGUGAGAUGGUAACUUAUUACAAAGGGACAACUAUUCCGAAUUCGCAUAUACAUAUGUACGAUCCGGAUAACAUCAAUAUUGCUUGUAAUAUGUUCAGGGACUUGUGCAAGUACAUCCGCGGCGAAAUGAACGCCGAACGCGAACUCCUCGUCAUCCAGACAAUCAUCGGGCAUGCUCUCGAACGCGAAGAGAUCCGCGACGAGAUCUUCGUCCAAUGCAUCCGUCAAGCCACCAACAACCCCAGUUCCGAAGGCACAGAACGCGUGUGGCUCCUUCUUUGUCUUUGCGUUGUUUCUUUCCAACCUUCCAAACUUCUCCACCGUUAUUUCGUGUCAUUUCUCAAGAAAAAUCUGGCACAAGGGGGUAAAAUCUCGCAGUACGUUCAAUGGUGCAUAGACAACUGCAAUAACACUAAAGUGAAAGUCCGGGAACACCCGCCAUCGUCAGUCGAAGUGGCGGCAAUGAAACGUUUAGGAACUAUCGUAUGCAGAUUUUUCUUUCUGGAUGGACGGACGAAAGCUAUUGAUGUCCACCCGACCGACACAGCAGGAGACGCAGCGAGGAAAUUGGCUGAAAGGUUGGGGUUGAGGAAUCUAGAUGGCUGGGCGAUUUAUCAGAGUCGACCUGAUGGGGAAGAACACGUCCGAGCGCACUAUUAUCUCUACGAUGUGAUAGCACAAUGGGAAAUGAACCAGAAUAAGUUGGCACCACCGACUGGGCUUGCUACGCUUGGACGACGGAGUGCUACCACGCUGAGUGGUGGAGAGAAUAGGUUUAUUUUCAAAAGACGCCUUUUCAAAUCUAGUCGAGAGUUGAGUCAGGAUCCGGUCGAAGUCAAUCUUUUAUAUGCUCAAGCCGUACACAGUGUAGUCAAGAGUGAUGAUUUUCCGGUUACGGAGAAAGUGGCUCUUCAAUUGGCCGGCCUCCAGGCCCAAGUGGCAUUGGGUAACCCCAAAGACAAUAAUAAACUCGAAUAUUACACCGACAUUGACAAUUAUUUACCAUACCGGAUAAGUCGUACUCGAGGCGACGAUGUCUGGGUGCCUAUAAUAGCGCAAGCGCACAAACAAUACGGUGCUAACCGUUCCGAACUAACUGCCAAAGCCCUAUACCUGUCUUGCGUGAUGCAAUACCCCUUAUACGGUACUACUAUGUUUCCGGUGACCUAUCGAGGUUACUGGUCGUAUGGAAACUCUCUAAUUUUGGGGGUCAACAGUGAGGGGAUUAUGUUGAUAAAACCCGACGACAAAUUCGUCCUUAACGAAUACCGCUAUCAGGAAAUUGAGAGCAUUCUCUUAGACCCCAGUGAUAGUUUUAUCACUAUAACGUUACAACGACAUCUCAAUGACAAUAACCACAAAUGUUUCGUUUUCGAGACGACACAAAAGAAUGAAAUCGGGUCUCUUAUUGCGAGUUAUUGUCCGAGUUUAGCGGCGUGGUUGACAGAGAAUGAAGCUCCUCAAAAGAGAGUUAAAGGGAUUACGAAUGAGGAUAGAGUAAGGUUGUAUCACAAUUUGGUUAAUUGUCGACGUGCAUUGGUGGACCAUGACAUAUUGAGGAAACCAACGGAUUCGUCUGGAAGCUUUUUGAGGAAUACGUUGAGGAGGUUGAGUAAACACAAAUUGGAUAAAUUGAGACAGGAACAUGGGGGUGAUACUGGGGAGACUUACAAAGGGUUUCAUUAUGCAUUUUGGGCGUUUAGUCGCCAACAAUUGCCUCAGAGUAUCAGCAGACUUCCCGAUCAAGAGGAGCAGAUUAUGCUUCAAGUGUUUCAGAUUAUUUUGACCUAUGCUGGACUAGGACAGAAUGGUGAGACAAUUCGGCGAGUAGAAGACGAACACGUGACCCUCUUACAGACCAUUCUGGAGCGUUGUAUGCGCAAAGAAUCCCUCCUUUGCGAACUCUACUUACAGCUCAUAAAACAAACAACUGACCAUCCCGACCCCAACUCCCGCGUCAAUCUCCGCCACUGGGCUUUACUCUCUCUCGCAUGUUCAGUUGUUUUACCCCCCAAUAAAGCGAUCCGUCGCUACUUGAUUGCUCACUUGAAACGCUGCAGUUCCGAUUACGUAACUGAAGAAGGAAAAUAUGCCCGAUUUGCGGAAAAAUGCCUACUCAAAACUCAGGGCACGCGUCGUCGACAAUGGCCCCCGUCACGAGAGGAGAUCCUCUGCACGAUUAAUCGACGACCGGUUUAUGCGCGCUUUCAUUUCAUGGAUGGACAAUACCAUUCUGUCGAGUUUCAUCCUUCGGCAACUGCCAAAGAUGUGUUGGAGAUUGUGAGGGAUAAGAUUGGGUUAGGGUCGGAUGCGAAAGGAUAUGCAAUUUAUGAAGUUUUGGGGAAUUCGGAACGGAGUUUGUCGGCUGAGGAGAAAGUUGCCGAUGUUAUGGCAAAGUGGGAGAGGUACAGAGCUGCAACUGCGGUCAAUACUGCCAAUAGUACAGGCACUGCCAAGAGGGCAAGACCCCAACAUCACUUUUUCCUCUUUAAGAAGCAUAUUUUUAUGGAUAAUUUUAUCAAUUUGAACGAUCCGGUUGAGAAGGAAUUGCUGUAUCAUCAGGUUUUGCAUGAUUUGAGGACGGAUAGGUUCCCGGUUACUGACAAAGAAGCGAUGAUGCUAACUGCCCUCCAAGCUCAACUUGAACUCGGCGACGUGAAUGAACAAAUCCACGACUACCGCCCCAUCGCCUGUCACUGUUUACCAGCCCGACUUGUUCCAAUAUUACCACAAGAGGGCGUAGCGAUGCACCAUCAAUCUCUCCGGGGAAUGACCCCAUCGGAGGCGAAACAAGCGUUCCUAAACCUCAUCCAAAGCUGGCCUUUGCAUAAAGCUACAAUUUUCGACGUUAUGCAAUCAUUCACUUCGAACUGGCCUCGAGUCCUUUGGCUCGCCGUCGACCAAAAAGGCCUCCACCUCCUCGAACAUCGUUCAAGAAACACACUUUGUACCUAUGAUUAUGGGGGUAUUUUGAGUUACGCACCGGCACUUAACUAUCUGAUGAUAAUAACCGGAAGUGAUAAGAAACAAAGUAAAGUUAUUUUGACCACUGCCCAAGCGUUUCAAAUUGCGACUUUGAUAAGGGAGUACAUGGAGGUGCUCCAUGGUGAUGCAGUGGAAAUACGAAGGGCCCAAACGCCGAAAAGUCGGCCUGUUAGUGCGUUACACCAGAACGCACCCUUAGUACCGCCUCAACCCAGCUAGAAAAGGGUUACUUUCGCAGAUCAGGUGAUGGCGGCGCAUUAUUAAAACCGUUUACAAGUAUUGCUUUGAAAAUCCACCAAAGAAAUAAACUUUUUCUAGUAAUACUUGUCCUGACCAGCGAAAUAUAGUUUUAGUUAGAGCAAGGAUCCGUAAAGUAUUAUUUCUGUAAUGGGCAAUGAUAAAACUAUUUGUCAAGGCCACCUGGGAUUGAGUGACUUUUUCAACCGUGACCAUAUUGUAUAAAUUAUUCCAUUUUGUUAGUUCGAAAUCUACCGGAAAUAUGGGAAAAAGACUGAAGUUAUAGAAAGUUAACGGUCAUACUGUUUACUAUGGUUCUAUCAAACACUAGCCGAUAAGUUAUGCAACUAGUCAAAGUGUAUAUAAGCCAAGUUUACUAUGUACAGCUGUUAAAAACGCAAUUGUUGUUUUAUAAUAUUAUAUGUUUAGCUUGGUCAUGAUUUUUUAAUAUUGUGAUAAUUUUAAUUUAAUUUAGUCAUGAAGUGCGUUAAAAAGUGUCAACUGCUAAUUUUUAGUGAAGUUUAACAAAUUUUAUUCAGCAAAUUACAUAUAUUAUCAUAUUUUAAACAAAUAAAGUUGUCGAUGAUAAGAGACACUUUUUGGCCCAUUUAUAUAAAUGUCAUCUAAUUUAUAUAAAUGUACCUAAUUAAAUAUAUUGCAUA